CCAUUCUCUUAUCCAUCACAAGUAAAUGCAAUCUCUCUAUAAUCUGUACAAGAUGAUGCUAGUCGUCCUAGCUCUUCUCGGCGUCGCGACGGCGGCGGCGGCGGCGGCCGGCGACGUUGUGUCGUACAGCUACCCGGCCUUCAACGCGACGACGACACGCGACGACAGCCUCGUCGCCGCCACCAACGCGUCAAUCCUCACCACCGCCCGCCUCCUCUUCGACCCCGAUUUCCCCCACGGCUUCAACGUCUCCGAGGGCUUCCUGCUCCUCUCCGGCGACAUCGACGUCUGGCGCGACGGCGUCGGCUCCGCCGGGGCGCCGGCUCGCGAGGCAUCCUUCAACACGACGUUCACCGUCGUCGCCGCCGCCUCUCCCGUCGCGUUCGUCGUCCUCCUCGACAGGUAUCCACCGCUCCUUGACCAGAGUGGCCUCCGUGGGAGCAACGUCUCAUCCGCCGCCGAUGGCGACGACGGCAACGCCACGAACAGCCUCGUCGCCGUCGAGGUCGGCACGGUGAAGUCCUACGGCAGAGAGUCCCCCGACGUCGGCCUCAACGUCACCGUCACGCCAAACCGCACUACGGCGCCGAGCGGCAGCACGGUGUGGAUCCAGUACGACGCCGUCGAGCACCGCCUGUCGGUGCACGUCGCCGCCGCCGGCGAGCCACGGCCAUCUAAUGCCCUCCUCGACGUGCCGCUAUACCUCGCCGGCGGGCGCACCACCCAGACCGCGCUCGUCGGCUUCUUUGGCGGGACGAUCGGGGAUAUCAUCGUCGGCGUCCGUGGCUGGGAGCUGACCGUGGAGAGGUUGCGCGGCGAUGACGGCGGCGGGGGGAAGAAGAGGACGUCGUGGGUGGUGAUACUGCUGGCGGUGGUCGGGUCGGUGGCGGGCGUGGCGGCCAUGGUGUCCGUGCUGGUGUGUCGCUUUGUGCGCAAGCGACGACACACGGAACCUAAGCACUAGUAUCAUAUUCAUAUAGGACUAUGUAUAGGUGUAUAAGCUUGUACGUUAACUAGCUUAUUUCGUUUUCAAUAUUUCCUCAUCUUUCUACGGAUUUGUUAUAUAUAGACUUCCUGCGACAGAAAAUUGGAUAAAUAACUUUCGAAUUUUAGGCCGUUGAUUCAUGCAUAGGACUGGAAUUUGAACCA